GUUUUGCGUACAGAGUCACUUUAAUAGAAAUAACUCGUUAAGUAAAUGAUCAUUGAAAAAAUGUUGAGAUUUUUAAUUAUUCUUUCGCUAACUUGCGUCUUUCAUGCUAAAGCUGAUCCACUUGAUGAUUUAUUGUCAAUCGUGAAUAAAGAGGUGCCAAGGAUAUUAGAAAAUCACGACGAAUUUUCGAAUUCGAUAAUAAGUGCUAUUUAUGAUUUACGAGACUUUUCUUCAGAUAUCAUAUUUUCUGGCCCAUGGAAUUCUACGCUUUAUUUAAGUAAUGUUUUAAGUGAAACAGCAAGAACUAUCAAAGGAAAAGAAUGCAUUACUCGUAGGCAAGCAGAAUGGAAGGCGAAAAUUCCGUCUAUUAAUUCUGAGCUUUACAAGUGUGUUUAUGAUUUUAUAAAAAUGGGAGACGAGCUUCGAAAAAAAAUGCAAAAUGAAUACGAGAGAGGAUUGAAGAUAAAAGCGGCUCUUCUUGAUCUUCAAAGAAGCUGUUCUGGCAUUAAUUCUGUACCGAAUACAAUGUGCGUUAAUCGUGCAAUUGUAGUGCUUAGCGAUUCGUUUAAAACUAUAAUUGAAAGAAUGCGAUUUUUAGUUAUUGAUGGAAAAACAUUAAUAGCAAAAGUAUUAGGCGCAGCUAUGAACUGUAAUGCUAGACUAUUGGAUAAAGUGUUUAUAAUGACAACUGAUUUUCAAGAAACGUUGCGAAAGUGUCUCGUCCUUGAAAAUUAAGAACACUAAAUCUUUUCUGUAAAAUAUAUUAAAUAAAGAAUAAAUUAUUUAUUACACUCAAA